UGCGGAGAGGCAAGAUGGCUGCCUCCAGCCCGAGCCGGUGUCUUUUUCCUGUAACAACAGCGCUGCUGUUUCUUUUUUUCAGCCGCUGCAGUUCGGCGGUCGGUCAAGGAGCGCAGGAUCAAGCAGAACAAUUUUUUAGAAGUGGACAUACAAACAACUGGGCCGUUCUGGUGUGCACAUCUCGAUUCUGGUUUAACUAUCGCCAUGUGGCCAAUACUCUCUCGGUUUACAGAAGUGUCAAGAGACUUGGAAUUCCUGAUAGUCAUAUAGUCUUAAUGCUAGCAGAUGAUAUGGCCUGCAAUCCAAGAAAUCCGGCUCCAGCCACUGUGUUUAGUCACAAAAACAUGGAACUUAAUGUCUAUGGAGAUGACGUGGAAGUGGAUUACAGAAAUUAUGAGGUUACUGUGGAAAAUUUUCUGAGAGUGUUAACAGGCCGAAUCCCAGCAAGUGCACCUCGUUCCAAACGUUUGCUUUCUGAUGACAGAAGCAAUAUUCUCAUAUACAUGACAGGUCAUGGUGGGAAUGGUUUCUUGAAAUUUCAAGAUUCUGAAGAAAUCACGAAUGUGGAACUCGCUGAUGCCUUUGAACAAAUGUGGCAGAAAAGGAGGUACAAUGAAUUGCUGUUUAUCAUCGAUACAUGCCAAGGAGCAUCCAUGUAUGAACGCUUUUAUUCUCCCAAUAUAAUGGCUUUGGCUAGCAGCCAAGUUGGAGAAGAUUCACUUUCUCAUCAACCAGAUCUUGGCAUUGGUGUCCAUUUGAUGGAUAGAUACACAUUUUACGUCUUGGAAUUUUUAGAAGAAAUUAAUCCAGCAAGCCAGACAAAUAUGAAUGAUCUGUUUCAGGUAUGCCCUAAAAGUCUGUGCGUGUCAACACCUGGACACCGGACAGAUCUGUUUCCGAGAAAUCCUAACAAUGUCUUGAUAACUGAUUUUUUUGGGAGUGUACGAAAAGUGGAAAUUACAACUGAGCCAGUUUCUCUGGAUCCUAAUUUGGCACCUGAAGAGACAAGGUAUUUUGGUUUAUUUUUUGAACCACAGAUAUUCAUAAAUGGAAAAAAAAAGGAAUUUAAAAUAUAUAUCAAUACAUAAAGAGGAUUGAUCCAUG